UAAACGUAGAUUAACAAGUAAUAAAACUUCAAACAGUAAGCACUCUUCCUCUGUGAAAUCUUCAGUAUUUUCGACAGUAAGGCCGCAUUUAAAAUGUCUGACAAGACUGAACCUGACAUGCACUUUAGUAGAGAAGCCUAAAAAGACCAAAAGGCCAAAGUCUGGAAAGAAAACAGAGGAUAUUCCUAUGGCUACGAUGGAUGGUGGUAGCAAUAAAUUUAAUCAACUACUACAGCAAGCUGUGGACCAAAGCCUGAGUGAAGCCAAAGUAGAAAAGAAGAAGAAAAAGAAAAAGGUUGAUGAUUCUGUGCUUGAGAGUCUACGCAAGGGAGAAGGUAUUCAGAAAGAUGUUGAUGAAACAAAACUUGCCAACACAUAUGAUCCUGAUGAUACCAAAUAUCAAAAGAGUAACAAAAAGAAACAGAAAAUUCUGGAAGAUCGUAACAGACAAAAUGAGUUAGAAAUACUAGAUGAAACCAAAGGCAAAACAAAGAAGAAAAAGAAACCUAAAAUACAAGACGAACUCAUAGAAAAUUUUGAAGAUUCUCAAGCCGAACCACCAGAUAAGACUAUGACAAUGUCAGAGCUAGAAACCAGUACACAGAAAACCCCAGGUAAAAAGAAGAAAAAGAAAAAGGAAGAGGAACCAGUGCUGUCAGCAAGGUCAGAGGAUGAGCCAAGUGUGGCCACCACACCCAAGAAGAAACCGAGAAAAAAGGUCCCCAGAGAUGGUACACCAGAACCUGACUCCCAAACAGAAACUGUUCUCACACCAACAAAAAAGAAAAAGAAGAAGCCAGCAGCAGAAACUGAUGAGGAAGCUGUUAUGUCUCCAAGUGAAGAAGUUGUCUCCCCUAAGGGAAAGAAGAAGAAAAAACGAACUGAGGGUGAAACAGAUGAAGAAGCAAUCUUGUCCCCAUCAGAGGAACCCACAUCCCCAAAAGGGAAAAAAGGGAAAAAGAAGAAAAAAGGAGAAGAAAUAGAGGAAGAAGCUGCUCUAUCUCCCACAGAGGAACCUACUUCUCCAAAGGAUGGAAAGAAGAAGAAAAAGAAGAAGAAAGGAGAGGGAGAAACAGAAGAUGAAGCACUGUCACCAGCAGAGGAGGUGGAGAGUCCCAAAGAAAAAGUAAAAAAGAAGAAGAAAAAGAAAGAUAAGGAAGAAGAAGAGGGAGAGAAGGAAGGUGAAGAAGAAGAGGAAGCACCAAAACCUAAAGAAAGGAAAAAGAAGAAAAAGAAAGGUACAGAGGAGACAGAGGCAGUGGAAGAGGAAGAGGCAGGUCCCUCUGGACUGGAUGUUGAGGAUGAGGGAAGGAUUCUAGCUGUUACUGUACAUAGAACAGACAAACUGAAGAAUGAUUUCUACAUCAUGCAUCCUAUGAUUAGAGUUCAUAUACUGGAUGAACUAACAGGAAAAUACCUCCCUAAACAACACAAGGAUCGGGCUGUAACAUCCUACUAUGAGACAAAGAAUGAAAAUGUGAAACAUGUUCUUCCUAUAAUGACAAAACCUUUUGAUUUCAAACAAAACAAGUCUGUGUUGCCAGUUUGGGAGGAGCUAUUGGUGUUUAAUGAGAACUAUAAUUACUUCAUACAAGACAAUCCUAAAGUGCUAUUGGUGUUUGAGCUGUUAGACUUUGUGAGCAUGAAUCGAGCAGCAAAAAGUGACGAGGGUUGGCAUAGAAUUGGUUGGGCAUUCCUAAAGGUUGUUGGUAAUAACAAGAAAUUAAAUGUUGGCUCAAAAGUUAGACUUCAGUUAUUUGAACCUCCACCAUCAAAUCUCAGGAGAAAACCAGAAAUGGAAGAGGCUUUCCAGUGGUGGAAGGAAUGUUCUAGGAAACCUUACCCAUCAACACUGUAUGUCACAUUGAAGGGUAUCAGACCCCCACUAGAGGUAGAACCUGUUGAGAGAUCAUUGUUUGCUACACAAGAGGAAAGAGGGAAAAUGACAUUUGAAGAGCUGAAGAAAAUAGCCAAAUGGACUGGCAAAAAAGAACCACAACAACGAACUCUGUCAUCAUGGUCUCGACUUGCUGGCCAGUUAUGUCGUCUUCCAAACACAUUAUCACACGCCCUACCCUCAGCAAAGAAGGGCUGUUAUAUGAUAAAAUUCUCCCAUGAUGGUAGAAGUUUAGCAUGUGCUUGCCAGGGAAAAGAUGGUUAUCCUAUUCUAGUCUAUGAGAUUCCGUCUGGAACGUUGAAGGGCAAGUUCCUUGGACAUUUUGGAAUUGUGUAUGAUUUAAGUUGGUCGAAAAUGGACACCCACCUGCUAUCAGCAUCCUCUGAUGGGACAGCUAGGGUAUGGGAUCUACAUGCAUUUGGAGAGCAGCAGCAGAAGUUACUACCUCACCCAGCAUUUGUAUACUGUUCUCAAUUCCAUCCUCGUGUAGAAACGAUAGCUGUCACAGGAGGGUACGAUCAGGUUAUACGUGUCUGGGAUGUUGGAGACGAUGAUACUAAAGUUGAUUUGAGACAAGAACUGGAAGACCAUGUAGGUCUGGUGAACUCUAUAUGUUUCUCAGAGGAUGGUCAGAAAAUGUAUUCAGCAGACAGUGUUGGUGUGAUCUUCAUUUGGAAUUCAUUUUUUACAGAGAUGCCAUCAAAGAGAGGGGUAGCUAGAGACUGGACAGUGUUUGCUAAAAUAGAAGAUCCAGAUAUGAAGGGCACAGCAAUAAACCAUAUAGUUCUGCAUCCGAGAGAGCGCCGACUUCUCGUGCACUGUAGAGAUAACAUUUUAAGGAUGUUUGAUUUGAGAAUACAACGAGUUAUGCAGAAAUAUAUAGGUGCUUUAAAUUUCCGAGAACAGAUACGUAGUGAUAUAACCCCUUGUGGUUCUUUUGUGUUUUCUGGAAGUGAGGAUAACUUUGCGUAUGUUUGGAACACAGACACAGGUGACCAAGUGCUGAUGUAUUCAGAGUUAAAUUACCAGAACCCUGUAACAGAUGUAUGUUAUCACCCGCGAGAUCACAUGGUGGCAUUCUGUUCUCUUGGAGAAAAUCAUCCUAUCCUCAUAUACAGCUAUGAUGCUGCUAUUGCACAGUUUGAGGCAGGUCUGUCACCGAGACAGAUAUCUCCAGUUCCUGCAGAUGAAGAUGAUAGACUGGGAAGGACGUCAACUCUACAAGAAGAGCUGGCAACUAAAGGUGUUCUCACCAAGGAAGAGUUUGAAAUACACAAUACACAGAGAUAUGAUAAAGUCAUGAAGACAUUAAACAAAGUUACAGAUUUUUAUAAGGAGACAAAUACGAAACUGGUAGCACAAAUGACAUCAACACCUAUGUUAGAACUACCGGGCAUGGCAGCGAUGUCACCUCGUAGUACAAUGAUGACUAUGGGAAGCACUUCAUAUGAUAUGUUUGGUACAACACCAAGAUCUAUGACUGGCAGUCCUACGAUGUUCAGUCCCCAUGCACCAAAGUCCAUGUCAUCAAUGAUGCAGCACCAGCAGUUCGCCUCACAAAAUAUGUACAUGAAAGGAGUGGACAGCUGGAGACCGACAUUCAGUGAAGUUGGACGACAUGGUAGAAGUACAAGUCCUGUGUUUGGUAGAACACCUCAGCUGAACAUGACUGCUUCUCAGCAAGGAAAGGCCCAGUUUAACUUUCAGGCAGCUCCAGGAAAAAGUAAACAGAAACAAGAGAAGGUAUAUGUAUUGUAUGACUACAAGGCACAGAGAUCAGAUGAACUUGAUUUAUUUGCUGGGGAUGAGAUUAUUGUGUUGUACAAGGACACAGAGAAUUGGUGGAUGGGAGAACUUGCUGAUGGAAGACAGGGAUUCUUCCCAUCCAAUUAUGUUACACAUGAAGAUACACUACUGGACAGUCAUAGGACAGGGAUGACAACUCCGGAUGACUCAGACACUGAGGGGAAGAAACAGAAUCUUACAGCAGUAAAGACGAAGAGUGGAGAACUGAAGUUUGUGUCAGGGGAGGAGGAUUCUGGGGAUGAUAUACUAGAAUCAAGUAGAGCACGGCGAAGAAAGAAACGAAAUUCCCAGGACAGUGGAACAAUAUCUGGUGGCAGUCAAGCAAGUGGGGGCAUAAACAGCAAGAAACCGCCUCGUAAGGCUGGACAGAAAGUACGCAUCAAUGAAAGUAACAACGAAUCUACAGCAUAAAAUCAUGUACAGUGUCUACAUUUAUAAUGAGAGCCAUGAAUAAACAUUACAAGACUGUUCAAUUAGACAGCUGGUGUCAACAAAAAUGUUUAUUCAAAAUUCUAACAGAUAUAUAAUAGUGUUGCUAACAAAGUUUAUAGAGAAGAUAAAGCAGCGUUAUCAGACAGUUUAUCCUGAAAGACGUUGAAUGUGAAAUAGACACUAAAUAACAAAUAAUCAGUUGAAAAAGGGACAAAAAAAGUGUAUGUCAUAUCACUUAAACGUGCCUUUAUCUAUACCUAGCAGCAUAUCUGUGAUACUUAAAUGUUGACUAAAGUGUGAUAAGUGUACAUUCAUGCUUUACAUAUUGAUAUUAUAGUGUAAAUAUAAGUGACAUUAGUGCCAAAUGAUCAUAUAUGGUAGCUUUACAGGUUGUUUGCCAUAGAUCUGUUUAAAUCUUCUCAAUAGUUUGAAGAGAACAGUUUUAUCUACAUUACAUAUCUGCAUAUCGAAGUUUCACUUUUUAGUGUUUUUCAAUAAGGUAAAUUAAACAAGCAGAUGAAAUGCUUCAAUUUAACAGUAUAGAAUCUCCGCCCAUAGCUAUCACCCUGUCAGUAGCCCAUUUCAAAUCUUUCAGUGUUUUAUGAAAAAAUCAAAAAUAUAAAUGAGCCGUGCCAUGGGAAAACCAACAUAGUGGCUUUGCGACCAGCAUGGAUCCAGACC